AUGUUGCUGACCGAGUACGACAUUACUUAUGUCACUAGGAAAGCCAUCAAGCGUAGUAUCAUUGCGGAAUACCUGACAAAGAGGGCAAUGGAGGACUACCAACCUAUAGAGUUCGAGUUCCCAGACCAAGACAUUGACUCCAUAACCCAAGAAGUAGAAGACCUUGAAAAAUGGAUGAUGUUGUUUGACAGGGGAGUCAAUGUUUGGGGACACGGAAUAGGAGCUAUGCUCAUAUCACCGGAAGGGAAACAUUAUCCUGUGGUAGCCAAGCUCGUCUUUCCUUGCACUAACAACAUAGCAGAAUACGAGGCUUGUAUGCAGGGAUUGCAGGUUGCUAUGGAUCGGGGUAUCAAGAGAUUAAUGGUAAGAGGAGACUCAGCCUUGGUCAUUCACCAGCUGAUCGAGGAAUGGGAGACUCGCGAUGCCAAACUGGUACCGUAUCGAGAGUACAUCCAAGAGAUGACCGAAGGAUUUGAUAGUAUUAGUUUCUUCCAUAUGCCGAGUGAGAACAAUGUGAUUCCUGAUGCAUUAGCUACACUAGAAUCUUUGUUCAAGGUAGAAGAAGGGGUGGAGAUUGAACCUAUUUAG